AUGCUGAGUCAAUUACGUCGCAUGAAGCACGAAUCUGGGCGCGGACCGAUUCACGAAAUUGCUCGUAUUAGAGAAACACAGCAGCGUCGCCGUUUCGUGAAACUUUCGACAAAUCGGUUCAGCCAUGUGACUUGCUGGCUCAAAUGGGAGGGCCAGAUCAGGCAAGUGCGCUACGACGCGACGCUGGUCAAGAUUUCAUCCUGCCGCGGAAAUUUGCCUGAAUGCAAUUGCAAGAUCCAUAAGAGUGAAUCCGGCUCUCGCUCGAUCUCCCUUUGUCAGAUUCACGAACUCGCGCCAGUAAUUUUGAACGAAUCCCUCACCCUACUUGAGCAACGCAACCAGCUACUCAAUCGUCUCGCUUCAUUGAACAAAGCACUUGCGAGCGAAAAGCUAGGAGCUGUAGGGGAGAUAUGUUCAACGUUCGUUGAAAAUGAGCUCGACAAAGCGUCCUGGAUUCGUCGUGAAAGUAGCACAGGUGGCACUGUUAUGUAG